AUGAGUCCGAAGCUGAACAGGAAGAUGAGUCCGAAGCUGAUCAGGAAGAUGAACCCAAUACUGAUCAGUACUUGUUGUGCAUGCCCUUGUGAGCCUCGGCCAAGCAGGAAUCGACACAGAGAACUUCAUCAGGAACAACACGUACCUGAUUCGUCUCAAAUUGGACCAACAGUUGAAGAUCAAACAACUGAACCACCCGUGGUUGCUGCACAACAUGUUACACGGGGUCUGAGACGGAAACUUACAACGGAGGCGCCCAUUGCUGUGCCAACUACAAAGGCACCUUCUAAACUGAAACUGACAAGGAAGCCCAAGCCGACCAAUUGGAAACCUCCGAAGCCCACAAAAGCUCCGAAGGCCACGAAGUCUCCGAAGCCUACAAAAUCUCCGAAGGCCACUAAACCUCCGAAGACUACGAAGGCUCCGAAGGCCACUAAAGCUCCGAAGUCCCCAAAGUCCCCGAAGUCCCCAAAAACAAAAAAAAACCAACAAGAAAGUUUUGGAUUAUUGGCUCUUGAUCCAAUUGUCGAGCACAUCUUCGGAAUGAGCCACCAAGACAAUAAAAUAGCCAUAGCUGUGCCCCAAUUGGCAACAGUAAUCGGAGCUAACAGGAGACAAAUGGCGCCGGCAAAGAGACCCCAUUUACCCCAGAACUAA